AUGUCUCUCACCACCCGUACCGCGAGCAUCUCGCGCGCAACCAACGAAACCAAGAUCCAGAUCUCCCUCUCCCUCGACGGCGGAGUCCUCCCUCCCUACGAACCCUCAACCCACUUCCCCGCUCCAACAGACCCCCAAGAAGCCGAAGCCGCCAAAAAGGGCAUCCUCCCUAACAAAGACGCCAAACAUGCCACCCAAUUCACCCCAACCCAGCAAAUCACCAUCAGCACCGGCAUCGGUUUCCUCGACCACAUGCUGCACGCUCUCGCCAAGCACGGCGGCAUGAGUCUGGCAGUCCGCGCGAAGGGCGAUCUAUACAUCGACGACCACCACACCACAGAAGACACAUUCCUCGCGCUCGGCGAAGCCUUCACGCAAGCACUGGGUGCUCGUCAAUCCCUCGAGCGAUUCGGCCGCGGUGACGCCCCGCUCGACGAAGCCCUCUCCUGGGCUGUCAUUGACCUGUCCAGCCGCCCGUGGGCAGUUAUCGACCUGGGCUUCAAGCGCGAGAAGAUCGGCGAUCUGAGCACCGAGAUGAUCACCCACGGUCUGCAAAGCUUUGCGCAGGCCGCUGGCGUGACUCUGCACGUCGGUUGCACAUAUGGUGAUAACGACCACCACCGCGCAGAGAGCGCGUUCAAGGCGCUUGCUGUGGCUAUUCGCAACGCCUGUAAGCGCCGUGUUGCUGGCGACGUUGGUGCCGGUGACGUCGUUAGCACCAAGGGUGUUUUGUAA